AUGUCUCGUGGUGGACGCGGCGGCGGCGGUGGCGGAAGCCGUCUCAACGGCAUUCCAUUCGACGUCGAUCCCACACUCGAGGAGCAGAUGAACGCUUUCCGCGACAGUGAGAGAGACGAUGAAGAUGACUGGACCAAGACACUCUACCCAACCAUGACCGUACAGCUUCCUCCACCACCGACCGAGAAGGAGAAGAGAGAAGUCAACGCCUGGCGUAAGCACCGUGAAGCUAUGCGCAACGGUCCAUUCUUCAUCGACACACCACUCACUGGCAAGCGUGACUUGUCCACCUUCAAUGCCUUCGAAGAUGCUGCCACCUACGGUAACAAGCGCACCAAGCGUGUAGGCGGACUGCCAAAUCUGAAGAAAUUGCCGAUUGUCAAGGAGUGUCUACCCAAGGAGCUGUGGGACGUGGUCACUGACGACGAAGAGGGCGACGAAGAGGCAGAAGCUCCAAAGAAGAACCUCGCAUUCCUCAAGAAGAAGAAGAUCGACAAGCUCGCCCAGUUCGAUGAUGGUGCUGAUGUCGACGCUGCGGCCCCUGACGAUGAUGACGAUCAAGCCAACCCAGACGAAGAAGACGGAGACGGCGUGGAGAUUCCAGAAGAUGACGAUUUUUCCGAGGACGACGAAGAUCUUGGCAACGACUACAACGCAGAGAAGUACUUCGACGAUGGCGAUGGCGUGGACGACGAUGGCGAUGACGCAGGUGGCGAAGAUGCAUGGUAA